CUUAUGUCAGCGGUCCAGACCCUCUGAGGAGGCACGAUCAACGGAAUCGAAAUCAAGAUCCCAUCGAGAUGAGUCACGCUCGUGACACUCCCCAUGCUGAUUUGAACAGCCUCAGUCCUCUUCGGCUGGGCACGGCGCUUGUCUCGAUCACACCGGCUUUCAAAUUUGCAGGCAUUCGGGAUCCGGUGGGUUUGGCACAAGAUGGAUUGUUAGAGCUCUUGUUCUUGUUUUGCUUUUGGCAGGAGACAUUGUCAUCCGACAGAUGGACUGGCAGCUCCACGCUCUCUGUCGUCCCAACCUGUCCUCUUGUUCUUUGGUCGAAGCAUGCAUAUGGCCUGGACGUCGUGCUUCGAGAAUUCGGGACGAAGCGAGCCCCGACUUUGCGUCUCGGGUUUGCUCGGCGGCCUUGUUACGUCCUAUUACGCUCUUGCUUUCAAGAACAGGCGUGUCUUCGUCCUUCAUGCUCUCCAUUCGAAUCGGCAGAGUCUCGCAGCUUCAGUUCUCAACGUCAGUAGAGUAGGCCGUGGGCUUCAUUCCAUCUGAAGCAUGGGCUCGUGCGUCAUUCUGAAUCCGUCAACGUAUUCUCUUUGCUCCAAGUAGCUUCCAUGAGUCACAAAUCAUGACAUGCUCCGGAUGGAUUUUAUGUUGGGGUGCUUAUUAUGUGCCCCGGUGAUACCCUCCACCCGCUGUCUAAAUUUGACUGGCCUUUAUCGAUAUGGCACCGAAGCUGGGGCGGAACUUUGGCUUGGUCGCAAGGCUGUGUCCCCGAUUGAGGCCUUUCAGCACGUGCAACCACGCGAGGGGACACAGCCGCUGCGACGUUUCGCGUCGGUGUCUCUCUGUCUCCGCUGUCAUCGAACGCGCCUGUCAGCUACCCCGGGUUCUGACUCGGUUCCGGCGAUCGUGCUGCAUGUCGAGCUAAGUGCGAGCCGUCCCUUCAUCCUCCACGUUUGGAUCAAUCGAAAAAAGCGCACUUGGCAAAAGAGCCGAGUUCGCGUUCGAGCUCUGACGGGGAUUUCCGGGGUCGAGACCGCCCAAUUAUUGCUAGACGGUGGACGGCCAGGGCUCUUCCUUUGUUCUCGCGCGCAUGCUUUGACAGCGAUGCUCCUCAGACAUGGAUGCGCGCAUCUUGCCCUGCCCAUGUCUUCGAAGAAUGCAGAGAGCGAUUCUAUCUGCAGCCCCAGGGUUUCAUGUCUAAGUCUAGGCUCUAGGUUUAUCGAAGACCUAAUGCGGUUUAGUGAGCCAUGACCUGGCCGACCAAACGACGAGGGUGUUUCAUCUACAGUCUCUCUCCCAUCCUACCUCGUUGGAUCCUCAUCCGUUAUAUGCUAGAUAAUGCUGGUUGCUAAUCCUUCAGUCAUAGUGGAAAGAUCGCUAUGACUUAAGCUUCAUUUUUAUCACGCACGCAUCUUUGGCUCUUGAGAAGACUAUUAAUAGCUUAGUG